AUGUUUCGCGAUGAUCCGAAGACUAAGCCGGUGGAAAAUGAAUUAAGUUUCUUAGAGCUCGAUAAGGAGACUCUAGCUAAAACUCAAGGGACUGAUAUAAAAACUGAGUCAGAUCCACCAGAAUUUAGUUUCUUCGGUCCUAACGCAGGAUUGGAUGAAAGAGAUGAAAUUGAUAAACCCCUGACUGAUGAUCUGGCAUUUCUGUUGGCAAGUGAUGAACCGAUGGCAGAAGCUUCUCAGAAAAAGCCACCCAAACUUGUGGAGCCACCUAAACUUGUUCAUCGCAAGGAAACCGAUGCUGAAAUAGAAGCACGUCUUCAAGCGGAACUGGACUCCUUACCAAUGGUGGAGGCGGAAAUCGAUUCCACCGAAUCGAACAUUGAAUCAGUAUUUAAUUCUGAACCACAAAAGAAAGAUACUGCUUUUAAGGAACUGAUAGAAAAACAGAAUCCACCAAUUCCAGUUGCAGCCACCAGCAACAUUCCUUUAAAUAUCACGCAUGUGGUAAAUCCUAGUGUUUUUCAAGUACCCAUCACAGUAGCUUCAAAUCAGCACCGCCCUUUGCUCAAUGUUCCGAUAGUCACAAGUGUGAAGGGAGUCCAAGGAGAGGAUAUAGCCGUGAAAUAUAGCACUGGACCCGAUGGCCUGAUCACGAAUGUACAAAUGGUGGCACCGCCGAUGCAGUUGUCUCAGCCAAAGGCGAAAGCCAAGGAACUGGAGAGUUUUACGGCCAGUCAGCUACAUCAGAUAAUGCAAAGUGGUCAGCCCUAUUUGAAUUUGCCCAUGACCAGCUCCGGGGGUCUGGCAGCUACGAAGGAUCCUUUAAUGGCCAGUGAUGGUGCUAUUCUACCCGAGCAAGCUGUCGAGGAUGAGGAAGUGGACUAUGAGGAAAUCGGAGUGGCCGAUACCUUUGCAGCCUAUUGGCCAAGUAAGUUGAAGUAUGGGAGGGCCCAUCCGGAUCCGGUGGUGGAAACAGCUACCUUGUCUUCCGUGGAACUGCCCGAUAUUACCUACGAACUGGCCUUACCCUCGAAAACCAAGGACUGUUUGAGUGCCCUGCAAUUGGAGGCAGUUAUUUAUGCCUGUCAGGCUCAUGAGCAAAUCUUGCCCAGCGGUGAGCGAGCUGGGUUUCUACUGGGCGAUGGAGCUGGAGUGGGAAAAGGACGAACCAUUGCCGGGAUAAUAUUUGACAAUUAUGUAAAAGGGAGAAAACGUGCCCUUUGGGUCUCCGUAUCCAAUGAUCUGAAGUUCGAUGCUGAACGGGAUCUCGCUGAUAUUGGAGCCCAUGAAAAGGUAAAAGUGUCUGCCAUUAGCAGGUUCAAGUACAGUCGCAUCGAUUCCGAGGAGAAUGAGAACUUCAAGCGGGGUGUGAUAUUCUGCACCUACACCGCUCUCAUUGGGGAAUCGGUGACUGCCAACUCCAAGUACAAAACUCGUUUGCGACAGUUGGUCAAUUGGCUGGGCAAGAAGUUUGAUGGAGUAAUUGUAUUCGAUGAGUGCCACAAGGCGAAGAAUCUGAGUUUGAUGAAUGUGGGUAAGUCCACGAAGACGGGAACUACUGUGCUGGAGCUGCAGAAACUGCUGCCAAAUGCUAGAGUGAUUUAUGCCUCGGCCACGGGAGCCAGUGAGCCAAGAAAUAUGGCCUAUAUGGUGAGAUUGGGUCUCUGGGGACCGGGAACCUCCUAUCCGGAGUUCUAUGAGUUCGUGAAUGCUGUGGAGAAGCGGGGCAUUGGCGCCAUGGAAAUAGUGGCCAUGGACAUGAAGCUACGAGGAACUUAUAUUGCUCGCCAGCUGAGUUUCAAGGACGUGAGUUUUCGCAUCGAGGAGGUGCCCAUGCCAAAGGAUUUCCGUAAGGCCUACAACAUGGCCGCUGAACUUUGGGCCGAAAUCAAUAAGAGAUUCCAGAAGGCUUGUCGUCUGAUGUGCGUGGAAAACCGAGUUCAGAAGAUCAUCACCUUGCAAUUCUGGUGUGCCCAUCAGCGUUUCUUUAAGAACCUUUGCAUUGCAUCGAAGGUCAGUCAUGUGGUCAAGAUGACUCGCCAGGCCACUCGAAUGGGCAAAGCUGUGGUCAUUGGCCUCCAGUCCACUGGGGAAUCUCGCACUCUGGAACAUCUAGAGCGUAAUCAUGGAAAGCUAAACACCUUUGUCUCCACUUCCAAAAUGAUUAUCCAGUCGUUCGUUGAGAAGCACUUUCCAGCUCCCAAACGCGACUCCUUUCAUCAUCUGCUAAAUACAGGGGAAUUCGAGCCGGAAGCUCGCUCUCGACCACCAAGACCCAAGAAGGCCAAGAUGAAUUCCGACUGGUUCGAUGACGAUAUGGAUGCCGAGGCUGGAGAAAGCGAUAUCGAGAUGUAUGCGAACAGCUGGACAGGAGAUGAUCGCAUUAAAAUGGGACGAAAGCGGCGGGGACGACCACCCAAGGUGGACAAAGUAGAAAAGAUCACCAUGCAGGAACGCAUUCUGCAGCACUUGUGCAACAAUAUGAGAGCCCAGGAUAAUGAUGGCGAACCCACCUACACCUUCGACAACACAAAACCCCAAAAGGCAAACAUCACCGAACUGGAUGUGGAGCGUUGUAUUAACUCACGUGAAAUGCUGCUGGAGAAGAUCGAGAUAUUGGGUAAAAAAAUGCCGGCCAAUACGUUGGACAAGCUGAUUUCCGAGCUGGGCGGCACAAAUUUGGUGGCCGAGAUGACAGGACGUCGAGGAAGAGUUGUUCGCACGGAGUAUGAUGGCUACAAGUUUGAGCCACGUUGCGAGAACAACUCUUCGAUGGAUUUGGUCAACUAUCGGGAGAAGCAGCGUUUCAUGGAUGGCAGCAAGCAUGUGGCCAUUAUUUCAGAUGCGGCCUCAAUUGGAAUUUCCUUGCAGAGCGACAAAAGAGUUUCCAAUCAGAGGCGUCGUUUGCAUAUCACUCUUGAAUUGCCUUGGAGUGCCGAUAGAGCUAUCCAACAAUUUGGACGCACCCAUCGCUCCAAUCAGGUUAACUCCCCUGAAUACGUAUUCGUUAUAACCAAUUUGGCUGGCGAAAGGCGAUUCGCUUCCACGGUGGCCAAAAGAUUGGAGAGCUUGGGAGCUCUUACUCAAGGAGAUCGUCGUGCCACCGAUGCCCGUGACUUGUCCCAGUUUAAUAUCGACAACAGCAUUGGUCGCAGUGCCCUGGAGAGUGUGAUGCAACAGUUGACCGGGGAAAAGCCACUGGAUAGUGCCAGCAUACCGCCAUCCUAUAAAGGCGACUUCGCCUACGAUUGCUGUGUGGCCAUGACCGGCGUGGGAAUGCUCAAUGUUCGCGAGGAGAACAAGGUGAAGAAGUUUAGCGUCGAAAAGGAUACAAAUAACAUCACCAAGUUCCUCAAUCGCAUCCUGGGUUGCCGUGUGGAGGUCCAAAAUGCCCUGUUUAAAUUAUUUCUGGACAGGAUGUACUCGCUGAUUAUGCAAAUGAAGCGCACGGGACGCUUCGACAUGGGUAUUUUGGAUUUGGAUGCCCAUGGAGCUAGUGUAAAGUCCAUAAAGCUAAUGAGAUUUAUAAGGAGCCAUGCCACUGGAACAGCGGCCACCGAACUUCACACCGUGACUGUGGAAAGGGGAAUGUCCUUUGAAACGGCUUUGGCCAAAUAUCGAAAGGAAGGUCAACAUGACAACGAUGGCUUCUACAUUCUACAGCAGCUGCGCCAAAACAAGAACUCCUCUAUUUUGUGUCUGCAGGCAAAGUCAAGUUCCGCAGAUGGCGGACCAGGAAAAAUAAAUUUACAGAUUUACCGACCAAACACAGGACCCCAAGUGCGAUUGGAGACUUUGGCCUCGAUCUCCACCAGAUAUGUGAAGGUAACGCCCGAGGAAGCGCAGGAUUUCUGGCGUCAACAGUACGAUUUCUGCCUGGAUAGGUGCUCUCAUAUCUACUGGAAUCGCAGUUGUCCAUUUUCGGCGGGAUGUGAAGUGGGUUUACGAGUGCGAACCUAUCACGUUUUGUCUGGCUUGAUGUUGCCGAUUUGGGAUCGGAUCGAGCUGAUUAUCGAGAAGAACGAACACAAGAUACAGAUCCUACGCGUGAAGACCGAUGUGAACAAGAAGAUUGUGGGCACGGUGGUGCCACACGCUGUAUACGAUGCCCUGGUGGCCGAUUUGUCCUCGGACUCCAUCGUGGAGAGGCAUUAAAAUGACACUGCUCCCUAAAACGCAAAAAAAUAUGUAUGGCAGCGCCAGCUUCUAUUGCCACUUUAAAAAUAUCAACUCGAAUUGUGGCAUUCAGUGCAAUACAUGUGGCGUAAGCUUUCGCUUUUUCAAAAUGCGGGGCACGCUCCACCAGCCACCGAGGAGCAGCCCGCCAUAAACAAUGGCCACAAAAGCACAUACGGGAAGACACUUACAGCUCGUCUGCGUGCGUGUGUGAUUCAUAUGUAUUGUCUGCAGUGCUGCGGGGUAUGCUACAGAUGCACUGAAAAAAAAUAAAGAUACUCCAGACCAAAAAA